CUUGGACAGUCAUUGAUCACUUACAAGGGACGGCUGCUCGCUGCACAACGCAUUUAGAGUUGACCUCGAUAUAGCUUGCGCCAGGUGGAGCUCUAUUGAAGCGAUCGGUUUCCGCUCCGGCUUGAUCUAACGUUCAAUAUGCUUCGAAUCGAAGUAGAUCAUCCACGCCCACCAGUGUUCGUCUACGGUGUCGGUCAACCACACGCCGCAAACCCAACGACCAUCCCGAUCAAUGUGACCUUGAUCAAUGAAGGGAAACAUCCUCUCAAAGCUGGUGGACUGAGAGCAGCAUGGCAAAUAACCUUACAAAAACCACUUGCUGGACGAAGCAUUCAAAAGAUCAUGGAAUGGGGCAAAGCAGAGGUGCUGGAAACUAUUGUUGUGGUCGUUCGGGAUGAGGAGAUCCUCUUGGUGCCAGGUCAGACACAGACAUCAUCUUUCACUCUCACACUACCUACAGAUCUUCCACCUACCACUUCCACUGAUUUCGAGCGGGUCUCCCAUACGCUCAUUGUAUCGGCCAUCACGCCGGCUCCGGACUACUCAGAGGAUCUGACACGGGAUAGUGGAAGUCAUUCACAAAACAAGCCAUCGUUCUUAGGCUUCAGAUCCAAGUCCAAGACGCACAGAUCCGUUUCCCCGACUCCUCCUCAAUCCGGAAAGCUCGCAGCGCAAAAUUCGAAGCUCGCAGACCUACCUCCAACAUUCUCUCCCAACGUCGGAAUAGUUCGCAAAGAGGUGCGAGUGGUCACCCCUCUCUCAGCGAGAGAUGUUCAACCUGGUCAAGAGAGUGAUCAGACGCGGGUGUUACCUGGCAUCGGGAACAUCAGAUUCAUCUCGUCUACGGGAUAUAUGACCGUCGGCAGUAUGACUUUCAUCUGCAUAAGGCUGGAAGAAAUCGAUCCCUGCGCGACAAUCUACGAGGUCAAGAUAUAUCUCGAGCAACGCGUCACUUCUGUGGAUGGACAGGAGACGCAUAUUGACAGGUACCUUAUUGGGAACUGGCAAUGUAGCGAUUCUCAGAAAGACGCUCUUGGUUAUCUUUGGCGGGGCCCAGAAGCCAAAAUCCAAUCUGAGCAGGAUAUCGAGCAGCAAGGCCACUCAGCAACCACUUUGGACUCUCUUCAUCUUAACAAUGUGCAUCGACUGCCAUCCGCAGCACUAGGUGCAAGAGCUUCCACAAACGUUCUACAUCAUCGCAUCGCGUCCUCGGUGAACCAUCAACUCGUGCUUGAAGUCACACACUCCUUGUACAGUGAAGAGACGCCGGGAAAAGGAGAUUGGAGCGAAGGAACCAGGAAGAUCUCGUCAAUCAGACGGAAUGUGAUACUGGAGGACUGUUCUUUGUCGCGGUCCAAUACCCAAGCUCCAACAUACGACCAGUACAUGGAUGUCAAUCAGGCCGAUCCGAGGAGAGAUUUGAAACCGUACGCUGAGGACAACAUCCCUGAGAGCUUCUACAUCCCUCGCGUGACCACUAUCAUGGUGAACGAACAGCAAGAAGGGAAAUCUAGGGUACACUCUGCAAAGCAGAUAGCUUCACUUGUGCGAGAGCAUCAACUCGAGACAAACACGUACUGCAUGUGUUUCUACGAAGGGACAGCGAAUGUCCCAGAGAAGGGGUCUGGUCUCAAUCUUUCCGAUACAGCCGACUUGUGGACAGAUGGUGCUGCAAGCUUACACCUCCGCGAAGCUGACAUGGCCGAUGCGAGGAAGCGACAAGAAGCCAAAUGGCGAGCUAGGCAUCCUGGAGCGAGGGAGAAUAUCCCUGGGUUCAUCUAUAUCUUUAUAGACGCUUGUGUCUGUCAGAUGGACGAGACUAUAGGUGACUCGCAUGCCGGGAACUCGAGAGCGAAAGCGGGAAUCACAUUACAGGCGGAUGGCAAUGUGAGGGACGACGAAUGAGUUGAAGGUCUAUCAAACAUUGGUCCCGUAGAGUUGGCGAUCU